UAGAGAUGUUUAGCCCCAUCACAACAUGGAGGCCGACAUUCUUGUUUUGGGAACACUCAUGACCAGAAGGUUGCCGGUUCGAUCCUCAGGUCAGGCGGGUGACGAUUGAGGUGUCCUUGAGCAAGGCACCUAACCCCUACUUGCUCCCCGGGCGCUGCAGCGAUAGCUGCCCACUGCUCUGGGUGUAUGUGUGUUCACCACUUGCUGUGCGUGUGUUCACUACUCUCUGGAUGGGUUAAAAGCAGAGGUAUAUCUCGGAUAUGGGUCACCAUAACUGACAAAUUAGUCACUUUUCACUUUUUUUCACUUUCACGCAUACAAUUUUUGCUUUUUUUAGUCCCAUAAAAUGAAGUUGUUGUGUAAACAAACAGCUUUAAAGUUUUCAGUUUAAACGGUCUCGAGUAAACGGCAUUUUAGAUCAGAAGAGCAGUUAAGAAGUUAUAGAUCACCAAUAGCAUGGGCGUAUAUCCCGGGGGGGACGGAGGGGACAUGUCCCCCUCUAUCCGAUUCAUCAACGAGAACAACACAGAAACAACACAGAAUUUAAGAGUGUUUGGGUACACAAACAUGAACAAAGUUUUUUAGCGGAGAUUGGGCACGACAGGGGAAAAUAACAACCACUCAAGUGUCGAUGUACGGUUACUGUGUCAAACAAUGUUGCAGUAUAAAUCAGGAUAACAUUUUAAAAGUGUUUAAAAAGUGACUCAAUGUCCACAUGUAGUAUCAUGGGUAGUUCCUGUCUUCACAACAAAGACAAAAAUAUAUAUAAAUGGAAAAAAGCUUUAUUGUUCACAGUUCAGUUCAGUUAUAAUAUGACUGCAAGUCUGCAUGAUAAACCUACAAACCUAAUGCUUAUGUCGCUUAGUGUCGUAGUAAGUACAAUUUUGACUGUAUUAUUUGUGUCCCCUUCAAAAAAUUCUCUUGAGAAAUUUCACGUGUACUGUCCCCCCUACUGUUAAAUAAGAUUUACGCCCAUGACCAAUAGACGGCUUUUCUGUCAGUAUACAUUGUGACGUGUUAUUGUGGGUGGAUCUUAGCUUGAGGCAGGAAAAUCCUUCUGAACAGAUCACUAAUGCUAGUUAGCACUUUUUUUCUGGCUUUUUGAGAAUGACUCGAAAAAAUUGUUCAAAUUUAACAUGUAAUGUCACUGUCUAGGACCGCAAUUGAUUUUUAAAAAAGUUAACUUUAACGCAAGGAAUCUGCACAAACUGUACACGCUCACUAAAUUGAUCAAGGGAUGGACUGAAAUGAUUACAUAGAGUUAAGUGACAUUUACGCAUUUGGCAGACGGUUUUAUCCAAAGCAGCUUACAUUGCAUUAUCCUAUACAUUUAUACAUAGGCAUCUACAAUCAGGGGCGAUGAAGCUUCAUGUGACAUUUGUCAUAAAACAAUAGACCACUGUGGUAAUACCACAAAUGUGAUAAAGCAUCUCAAAGUAAAACACCCCAAAGAGCAUGACGAAGUACAGCUGAGGCGAGCAGAGGAGGUAACAGAGACAAGACCCUCAUCUUCUGGCUUUCUGAGUUAUUUAGCAGAAUCCUUUCAGAAAAGCAGACAUUAUCCAGGUACCAACCAAGUGCAAGUGGUGAUAAGGUUAUUUGAAUACAAAAAGUCGAGUCACAUUUAUUUAUAUAAUUUAUACAACACAUAUUAUUUCAGAUAUGAAUAUAUUGCAGUAGCCUAAUUCAAGGGGAGCAGAAUAUUACACUGCAUAUGAGUAUUUAAGAAAGACUAGACAUUUUAGUUUAAACUAGGAUUUUUAUAAAAACUUGUUUUGGCCUAUACCUAUUUCUGUUAGCCAGUAUCUGGUGGAUAUUCUUAAUUAAAUAAUUUAUGUAUUAUUUAUAUAAUUUAAAACUUGUUUAUUAAAUAAAUUACGUUUAAGUAUCAAGUAAUAGCUGGGAGAAAUUAAAUAUAAAUUCUUACUGCCUGUAACAUAGCUUUAAGAACUUAUAUUUAUAUAUUUUAUACUUCAUAGAUGACUGUCAGAGAGCAUCGGCAAUUACAAGAAGCAUAGGAGAGAUGAUCGUGAGGGACCUCCAGCCAAUCUCAGUGGUAGAAGACAGGAUUUAUUUGUCAAGACUCUUGAUCCACGCUACCAAAUCCCAAGCCGGAAAAAGCUGAUGGGGGAUACAAUAAACAACAUGUAUGAAGACUGUAAAGCCAAAGUAAUGGCAACAUUACGAAAUGUAAACCAUGUGAUACUCACGACGGAUAUGUGGACCUCAAGGUCCACAGAGGCAUAUCUUACUGUGUCGUGUCAUUUUAUUCACAAUUGGCAAAUGCAGGAAUUUGUGUUAGAAACCGACAAUUUGAGUGCUCAGCAUACAGCUGACAAUAUUAGUGCAGAGCUGAAAAGAAUAGCUGAAGAAUGGGGCAUAACUCAAAAGGUGCUUGCAGUUGUCACAGACAACGGUGCGAAUAUGGUUUCUGCAGAUCACAAGGCUGGGUGGAAGCAUUACCCAUGUUUUGCCCAUACAUUAAACUUGUUGGUCAAAGAUGCAAUUAAAGGAUCUCCUGAGAUCUUUCACUUGCUGGAAAAAUGCAGAAGUAUUGUAUCAUUUUUCCACCACAGCACAAAAGCCACAGAGAAGCUUAAACAUACCCAAAAGCAGCUGAAGGUGACAGAACAUAAACUCAUUAUUUCAGUUGAAACCAGGUCGAAUUCAGCUUUCUACAUGUUGGAGAGGCUACAUGAACAAAUGGAUCCAGUUACAACAGCCCUCUGUCUACUCGGGAAGAGUGACCUGUGCUCUCAAAUGAAGAGCGGGCAGUUAUUAACCUCACCAUUGAGCUGCUCCCCACUAGAAUCUACCUCAACAUCUGUCCCAAGGUCUGUGUCAGUACCUACAGCAAGCUGUGCCUCAUCAGUGACUCCUCCAAUGACCCUAAGUACUGCAUCAGCUACGUCUAAAGGAGGCAUAUGGGAGGAUUUUGACGUCCGGGUUAUAUCAGCACAACAACAACAAUCGGGAAGCAGUGACGCUAUAGUUGAAAUGUGUCGCUAUGCUGAGGAGAAAGUAGUUCCCCGAAACGAAGACCCACUAGUUUGGUGGAGAAAUCAUGAGCAAACCUUCCCAACUCUCAGCAAACUAGCAAAAAAAUAUCUUGAGAUCACUGCAUCAUCUGUUCCGUCUGAGAGAAUUUUCUCAAAGGCAGGGGAGUUGAUCAGUCAAAGAGAAACAGGCUAAAGGGGAAGAAUGUGAAUAUUCUCUUGUUCCUUUACAAAAACUUAUAAACCAGUUUUCAUGGUUUACACAAGCUUGUAUAUCAGUAUGCAAUGAAGAUUGCGACUUAAAUGUAAGAUUCAACCUGAAGUUCAGCUGAUUUGACAUUUAAAUAAUUUGAAGUGUUUGUAGCCUCUCAGACAUCCCUGGUUUGAUUUUCAGCGCAUUCCAGACCAUUGACUGUUAUAAGUUAUUUUAUCAUUUAUUAUUUGUUAGGUAUGUUUUGUUUAUUUUUUCAAAAGCAAGAGAUUUUGAUCGGUCAAAGAAAAACAGGAU